AUUAUAUCCUCCGUUGAGGAUUUUGCUUUGUAAAGGGGUAGAACAUCGCAUUCCUGAAUCCAACCUCCACUCGUUCGACACCGAUCGCCGAUACACACUCUCUCCUAUAUAUCUGUUAUAUCCAUACAAUAAGCGCGCAUCCUCUUUUCACUCCUCCCCCGCGCACCUUGCAGUGGCAUUGAUAAAUACUGUUGGGUGAUAAUUUGUGCUUGGUCAAUCAGAGUCCGAAGAGAAAUAGCCGGACCCGACAUGUCGUCCGCUCCGACGGCAGAUAUGACUCCUGCGGAGGCCGAAUCCGUCUACUUCAACAAUUACCCUCCUCCCAAAGCUCUUCCAAAGCAUGAGGCAUUGGCACGUGCCUUUGUGGACUACCAUGUCCAAGCAGGUCGGCGCCUGGUUCUCGUCACCUCCGGGGGCACCACCGUCCCUCUUGAGAACCAAACCGUGCGAUUCAUCGACAACUUCAGUGCCGGCACGAGAGGUGCCGUAUCGGCGGAAUACUUCCUACAGCAGGGCUAUGCCGUGAUCUUCCUCCAUCGUCAGUUUAGUCUGCUGCCAUAUUCACGACACUACAGCCACUCGACCAACUGCUUCCUCGACUUCAUGGACGAAGAUGAGUCUGAUUCAGAGAAUGGCUCGGUCGUUGUGUGCAAGGAAUACCAAGAUCAGAUGCGAGAUGUGUUGCGCAAGUACAAAUAUGCCAAACGGAACAAUCUUCUCCUACUCCUUCCCUUUACAACAAUUUCCGAAUAUUUGUUCGAACUACGGUCGCUCGCGCAACUGAUGAAACCUCUGGGCCCCAACGCAUUGUUCUACUUGGCGGCGGCGGUGAGCGAUUUUUUUAUUCCCCGCGAUCGCAUGUCGGAGCACAAAAUCCAAUCCUCAGAGUUACCAAGCCACUUGACGGGGGGCCAGGUCGAUGAUCCGUCAGACAUAUACACUGGGGGGAUUGAGCCACAACCACCAAACCGGAGCAAGAAGCUGGUCAUAGACUUGGACCCUGUCCCAAAGUUUCUCCACCGGCUUGUGGACGGUUGGGCCCCAGAUGGAAGCAUGGUCGUCUCCUUCAAGCUGGAAACCGACCCCAAUCUGCUGGUGUACAAGGCGCAGACUGCCCUGCAACGGUAUGCGCAUCAUCUGGUGAUUGGAAAUCUGCUGGCAACACGCAAAUGGGAGGUGGUAUUUGUCACACCGGAGCCUCCGUAUGAGCGUUGGAUUCGGGUGCCCAAAUCGCGGCGCAGCAAGAGCAUCUCUGGUAGCGAAGACCAGGUCGGGUUGGCGGAGGCCAAGCGGCGGGCGGGCGAAGCCGCGGCGCUGACGGGAGAAACCAGUGGGGGCGCCGACCGAGGGCCGGAGGUUUUUACUGCCGCAGAAGAAGGCGUGGAGAUCGAGAGCCUGAUCAUUCCUGAAUUGGUCAAGUUACAUUCGAACAAGAUUGCCCAGCAUGGCCCUCCUCCAUCAUAGAUAGGAUGGGUUAGUGGCAGCUUGAAAGUGAUUGCGUGUAGAAGAAGAAUAGGAUGAAACGUUGCGACCGUUGAGGUCGGGCGUGUUUUGAGUGCCCGUUUCUGGAGAAAGGAGCUAGGGACACUGCUUAGUGAAUAGUUUAAAACAUAGGGUCCAUUGAGCCCCUCAAACAGAUUAAUGCCCAUAUUC